AUGAGUUCUCUAGCAAAAUACAUUACAAUUACCGUUGUAGUUUUCGUUAUUUUAUCAGGUUUCGCAUGUUCAUUCUAUUCAUUUACACAGGUUGAGAAUCAUGAACAGAAAGGAAAUGGUACUACUUCAGUGAUAAAUAAAGAUUUCUGUAAUGGAAAGUCAGCGAUGCUGCCAACGAAAUUCACUUUUAAAGAUGAUGAUAAACAUGUCAUUGCAUGUAAAUGGGCAACUCAUAAUCAAGGUGUUAGAAUCAGUUACACUUUGGGUGGUGCUAUCUUUUCAAUCAUUACACUCGUCUUUAUUUUUAAGAGAAGAAAGUUGGUGUUUAUGAUUUUCGCACUGAUAGUAUUGGCAAUUGGAGGAUGUGGAGUUUAUUCAUUUAUUAUCGAUGCAAAUGCUGUGUAUAAAUCAAGAAAAUGGUGUAAAGCUGGAAUGGAAGGAGUUUAUCUAACAGGUAUUGAAUGUCUAUACACUCCAUUCAUUGUUACUGUUAUGUUGAAUGUUCUCUCCUCUGUUUUAAUGAUUAUUUCAUCAAUUUUAGUUAUUAGAUUUAGAAAGGUGGUUGAAGGUGACGGUCACCAUCACCACCAUCACCAACAUAGUAGUGGCGAUGGAUUCUAUGAAGAGUCUGCUCCAUUGGUUGGUGAACAUUAA